AACUUUUUUCCACAACUCCGUAGUAUCAAUCAGUCGAACUAGUGCACAAUAAAAACCAGUUGGUUCUUUGAUUUCUCUUCUUCUUCCUCCGGUUGUGUUGUCUCAGUGACAAUGGAGUCUCCAAAACCUUCAUUAGGGACCCCCAAUCCUCUUCUCUCUCUAUCAUCCUUUAUCCACCAACAUUGUCUCCGACUCGGGGCCGAACUCGCUAGUCGAAUCGACGACACAAAGAAACUCGCCGCCAACUGGCCUCGGCCGGCGGCUGCGCAGAAGCGUUGGCGGCAACCACCGUCGUCUUCUUCUUCUUUUUGUUCUUUACCUUUUGCAUCUGUGUCGGAGUCGGUGUCUCAGUCUCAGUCUCAGUCGCAGUCGCAGUCGCAGCAGGGAAAGCACGCGUUCGAUGUUGCUCUUCUGAGCUCCGACCACGUGGCGAAGACUCUCUCCGGAACGUCUGUGUACACCGUCAGCAACUCCAACAACGAGUUCGUGCUCAUUUCUGAUCCCAAUUCCCUCAAAUCCAUUGGCUUGCUUUGCUUUCGCCACGAAGACGCCCAAGCCUUUCUCGCUCAAGUUCAGUCACGGAAGAGGGAAUUGCGAAGCAAGGCUAGGGUUGUUCCUAUUACACUUGACCAGGUCUAUAUGUUGAAGGUUGAAGGAAUUGCAUUUCGGUUUUUACCAGAUCCGAUUCAAAUAAAGAAUGCAUUAGAGCUGAAAGCUUCAGAUAGCAAGAGCGGGUUUGAUGGAGUUCCAGUUUUCCAGUCAGACCUUCUGGUUGUGAAGAAGAGAAACAAACGCUACUGCCCAAUAUAUUUCCGAAAGGAAGACAUAGAAAAGGAACUGUCAACAAUCUCAAGAGCAUCAAGGGGACCAGGUGUUUCUCAACACAUCAUGGUGGGAAGUUUGGAAGAUGUUCUUAAAAAAAUGGAGAUGAGUGAGAAGAACUCUGGCUGGGAAGAUCUGAUUUUUAUUCCACCUGGUAAAAGCCAGUCUCAACAUAUUCAAGAAGUGGCGAAUGCUUGAUGAAUUUGAUGCGAAACUUCUACUCUUGACUGACAAUAUGAGAGGGAUGUGCAAGCAGGCAAACACAGUGCAUUGCUUACAUGGCUCCUGGCAGAGCAGGUCAGCAAACAUGACUAAUCAGGAACUCUCUCUCUUUCUAUCUCUGUUUGUGCAUGCGUGUGUGUGUGUGUGUGUUUAUGUUAAGGAUAUGCAUUUCUUGAAUGUUCAGAUGAUGGUCUGAAUAGCAGGAAGAUACAGAGAAGAGACACAUAAACUGACAUGUGAUUCAAGGAAGAGGUGAAUAAAAUGCGAAUUUGGGACACUUUAUUUAUCAAGUCCAACUAUAAUGUAUCUGUGAAGUUUGAUCAUUUUGAUGUUACCAUAUAUUUGUUUUUGUUAGUGAUUAAUUAACCUCAUGAGAAAUGGAUGAAUAUUUUGAACUAUUGCGAUAGUGUGUUUAUGAAGGCUCUUUAUGACUGAUAUAAA